ACCAACUGUCAGAGAGAAAGAGAAAGAGUGAGAAAGAAGGAGCAGAAUAGAUAGAAAAAGAGAGAGUCAAAGUCAGGGCAUGAGCAGGAGACUAAAAGCCGGUUUUCUUGAGAAGUGAUCGCCACAGUGCCCCCUCCUCUUCCCUCACCUCCUUUCUUCUUUCUCUCCUCUCUCUUGUGCCGCUGCUCCUUCUUUCUUCGUGCACACCUCCACUGCUAUCCCAUCUUCGUACCUCCGCUCUCCUUCCAUCACCUCCUCCUCGCCUGCUCCCAAAGACGGAGUGAAGAGGAGAGGCACGGCACACGCACACUUGCUUGUGUGCCGUAUCAUAUCAUUCUCUUUUUCCAUCCUUCCUCUGGCUCUGUCCCUCUCGUGGAUCUAGCCUCUAGCCGCAGAACCACAAGCAAAGGCUUCUGAGUUGUUGGAUCCCACACGCGAGUCUCUGUAUCCAGCCACAGCCAGAACGAUUCCAGCUACAUGGGCAAACGCUUGGAACAGCAACCAAUGUACCCCCAGUACACUUACUAUUACCCUCACUACCUUCAGACUAAGCAGUCUUAUGCCCCGCCCCCUCCUCCCAUGGCUCCGCCCAGCCCCAGCACCAAUAGCAGCAGCCACAGUGCAGCGGAGCAGCUCAGUAAAACCAACCUGUACAUUCGGGGCCUUCCGCCGGGCACCACUGACCAGGACCUCAUCAAACUCUGCCAACCGUAUGGAAAAAUAGUGUCAACAAAGGCAAUCCUGGACAAAAACACCAACCAGUGCAAAGGAUAUGGCUUUGUGGAUUUCGACAGUCCGGCGGCGGCACAGAAAGCUGUAGCGUCCCUGAAGGCCAGUGGCGUGCAGGCACAGAUGGCAAAGCAACAGGAGCAGGACCCCACUAACUUGUACAUCUCGAACCUCCCGGUUUCAAUGGAUGAACAAGAGCUGGAGAACAUGCUGAAGCCCUUCGGACAUGUCAUCUCCACACGGAUACUGCGAGACGCCAACGGGGUCAGCCGAGGGGUCGGCUUCGCAAGAAUGGAGUCCACCGAGAAAUGUGACGUGGUGAUUCAACAUUUCAAUGGAAAGUUCCUCAAAACCCCACCAGGAGUGCCAGCCCCGACAGAGCCGCUGCUGUGCAAGUUUGCAGACGGAGGACAGAAAAAGAGGCAGAGUCAGAGCAAGUACCCUCAAAACGGCCGACCAUGGCAUCGGGAAGGAGAGAGUGGCAUGGCGCUGACCUAUGACCCCACUGCAAUGCAGAACGGGUUCUACUCCUCACCAUACAGCAUCUCCACAAACCGCAUGAUCGCUCAAACGUCAAUCACUCCAUUCAUCGCUGCCUCUCCUGUCUCCACAUAUCAGGUCCAGAGUACGUCGUGGAUGCCUCACCAACAGUACGUUAUGCAACCUACGGGUGCUGUGAUAACGCCAGCCAUGGACCACACCAUCUCCAUGCAGCCCGCUAACAUGAUGGGCCCCCUCACCCAGCAGAUGAACCACCUGUCCCUGGGUACCUCUGGCACUUACAUGACUGCGGCUGCUGGUCCUAUGCAGGGGACCUACAUUCCCCAGUACACUGCGGUGCCUGCCUCAGCUGUCUCGGUGGAGGGAGUGGUGACGGAGGCUUCUCCCCAGAGCAUUCCGGCCUCAUCGCAGGAUGCCAGCGGUCAGCAGCAGCCUCUGGGCAUGGACAACACCAGUGAUCACGCGCCCACCUACACUUUUCAACCCGCUAAGUGA